AGGUGAUGGGUUUUCUAAUUAGGGCUUCCUACGUUUGAAUGAGCAGCGGCCCACCUAGAAUUUUAGGUGUUUUGUCUUUGUUUUACGACAAAUCUUGUCCGCCUAAUUUGCUUAUUCCGUGCUUCAAGCUGGAGUGCUGAGAGACGGUGGUGCAAUAUUGCUCCGAGUCUUAUUAGAUGGAAUUCCAGGGGAAUGACAAAAUCUCACUAUCGUUCAGAUUUCUAGCAAUGUCAUUACAUCGGUAGUGAUAUCUUGAUUGAAAUGUUUAGCGAUGUGGCAUGGAGGAACGUUUAGGAAGAAUGAAACAGGACAACUACAAUAUGUUGGUGGACAAUGCAAGUGCUUUGAUGUUGAUGGUGAUGAGUUGUGCUGGUUUUGUUUAGAGGAGUUAGCCGGAAAAUGUGGUAAGUAUUCCAGUAUAGAUGACAUCUAUUAUUUGAUUCCGGGUAAAACCUUUGAUAAUGGAUUGAAAAGGGUAAAGUUUGAUGCUGAAGUUAGGGAAAUGUACAAUUUAGUAAUGACAUUUAGAACCAUUGAUUGCUACAUAAGGCAUGGAUUAAGCACUCCAGAAAUUGUGUAUCUACUCGAAGGAACUGGGGAAAAUGAAGAUAGUUCGGUGGGUUUACAAACUUCGAAAGUAGCAGCAGGUUCUGGCCGAGUCAAGGUGUGGGCACACCUCACACAAACACCUCAGAAGUUCCAAGUGGCUUUUAUGAGGAAGAAUCAAAACAUGAUGUUAUAGAUGAAGAUGCGGAAGAGGAUGAAUCACAUGAACAUGUGGAAGCAGAAUCCAAUGACCAAGAUGGUGAUCAUAACACUGAUGUGCAAGCUGGGGAUUUGGAGGUCCCUCUAGUUGGAUCUGAUAAUGAUACUAGUGAUGAAGAGUUCAUAGAGUCUAGAAGAAAAGUGAGUGGAUGGAAUUCCUGGAUCCAGGAAAUAGCAAAGAACCUACAAAAGAAGUAGUUGAUGUUCUUCUUGGGCGUAAGGCACCGUUAGAAAAACAGCCUGUAGAAGAGCAGGAUCUCGGGCAGCAAGAGUUUUUUAGUGAUUAUGAAGACUCUAAACAUGACAUGCUCACACCUUCCGAGAGUGAAAAUGAUGGCACAAUGUCCUCAAAGAGAAAAGUUUAAGCUCUUCAUAUGGAUGCGUAUACUGACUUCAAGAAACUUAAGUGGCAGGUUGGUAUGAGAUUUGAAAAUAGGGACAAAUUUAAAGAUGCAGUGGCCAAGUUUGCAAUUGCUCAAGGUAGGAACUUGAAAAUAAAUGUGAGUUCUAAGAAUAGGCAACAAAGGAUAGGUGCAAAGUGUGUGGAAGAGUGUCCUUUUCGGUUGUAUGCUAGCUGGGAUAGCAGGAUGGCUUCUUUUGUAGUCAAGACUGUGAAGGGGAAUCAUACCUGCAAUAGAAACAUGAAAAAAUAGACAACUAAAGGCAACAUGGGCUGCAGUUCAAUUGUUGGAGGGUUUCAAGUCCAGGCCUCACUGGCCUGCACAAGAAAUAACAGAAACCAUAAGAAGAGAUUACAAAGUACUUGUUUCGAGAGACUUUGCAUACAAAGUGAAACAUCAUGCACAUAUGAAGUUUCAUGGCAGUAUGAAGGAGCAUUAUAACAAGGUAGGAAGGUACAUAGAAUCUCUAAUUCAAGCAAAUCCUCAAAGCCACUUUAAGUUGCUCACAGAUCCAUCCACAAAGGCAUUCCCCCACCCCCCACCCCCACCCCCAGAAGGGUGGUUGAGUGGAGGUAGAAAGGUUUUAUGUGUGGACGGUUGCUUCAUUAAGACCUUUUUAGGGGGAUGUUAUUAUCUGCAGUAGGAAGAGAUUCCAAUGAUCACAUGUUUCCAUUGGUGCGGCCAGUUGUUGAAGGUGAAAAUAAUUCUAGUUCGGAGUGGUUUCUAAGUGAAUUAAAAAAGACAUUGGGUGAUUCGGGAGGAGCAGACUAUACGUUCAUUUCUGAUGAGCACCAGGUAAUAGCUAUUUCCAUUUUAACUUCAUCGUGAAUAUUAAAUUAUUUAUUAAUGCAGUUUGUCGUUUCUUGAUUGUUACGGUCCAUUUUGCGUGGAGUUUCUUGUGUGUUCUCUCUUGCAGAGCACAGACAUUGUGCGAGACAUGUGUUUGCCAAUUGGCACAAAACACAUAAAGGUGAUGAAUUAAAGAUGAUAUUCUGGAAAGCAAAAAAGGCUUAUAAUGAAGCUGAUUUUGUGGAGGCAUUGGAUGAAAUGGGUAAAGUCAGUCCUGCUGCAGUUACUGCUUUUAAAGCGUAUAAUCCCAAAUGUUUUUGGAGAACCUACAUUAGAACAACCACUAAGUGUGAUGUCAUUGUAAGUAACAUGACUGAAACGUUUAAUGGGUACAUUAUAAAUGCUAGAGCUAAGCAUAUAAUAUUUAUGCUACAAGAUAUUAGGGGUGCUUUGAUGCAAACAAUGGUUGUUAAGAGGCAGGGUAUGGAAAAUAAUGGAAGUUUGUUAUGUCCAAGAAUCCAGGCAAGAUUAGAAAAAUCAAAAGAUGAGGCAGCCAAUUGUACCUUCCUACCCUCUAGUGAAGUGUUGUUUCAGGUGUGUCAUAGGCUAGGUACUUUGACAGUCAAUUUUGAGGCUAAGAGUUGCACUUGCAGAAAGUGGGACCCUAGCAGAGUUUCAUGUUGUCACGUUGUUGCUUGUAAUUUACUGUAAUUAUGUCUUAUUCAUUUAAGUAUAUAUACUAAGUACUACUAACAGUUAAUAUCAUUGUAGGAUAGUAUGUGAUUGAUACAUGUUUGUUGAUUUUACAGCCCCGAGCAGCAAGGAGGACUAGUGAAUAUAUCACAAACAAGUACCUAUACCUCUGCAGCUCCUACAACUCAUUCAGUGUGAUUUGGAAGACUAAUAUUUUAUUUAUGUAGUUCACGACCACUUGUAUGAACAUUAUGUUGUUGUACUGUAGUUUCUUAAGUGUUGUUAGUUCUAGUUAUUGUGUAAUUCUGAACCACUUGGAUGACCAUUGAUAUGUUGGUAAUCUGUACGAAUUUAUGAAGUAUCUAUUAUUGACUUUUCUGAACAUAAUGUUUUGUUUUUGAGUGUUGUAUGUACGAAAUAGUGUUCUAUAUUUUGAACAGUAUGGUGAAAU